AUCCUUUUUUGCUGAGCUUUUCUUAAGUUCUUCUUCUCGUGCUACUUCAACAUUCUAUUUCACACCAGGUUGUCCUCAGAAUUCUCCAAUAAAAAUCAAGAAUCUGCAAAAAAAUGCCGGUACCAAUACCAGAAGCGGAUGGUAGUGAUUCGGACUCGCCAAGGGGAGCCGAGUCCCUAUUUCACACUCCCUUGAGAAAGCGAAGCACAAUGACCAUGUCCACAGAUCUGUACGAUGAAGGUGCCAUCUACCUGCUCUACGAUGCUACGGGAUUUAACAGGAGUGGACCACCUGGAGGUGAACCUAACUACAGAACUUCUUCACCACGCUCUUCAACAAAGGAAGGAGGCAAUGCUGUGACUCCGGCGAAAGAGGCCGUUUCCUCGAAAGACCAAGGUGCGAGGACAGCGUCGAGAUCUAUAGAUUCGAAA